GCGGCGAGGACGCCUGCAGCCGGGUAGCUGCGCGCGGCGCGGAGCGGCGGUGGCGGGCAGCGCGCGGCGAUCCUGGCCUCGGGGCUGGACUGCUGAACCCACUGGGCUCCACCGCCGGACUCGAACUGGGAGGGGGCGCCAGCGCACCCAGGACCUGGUGCCCCAGGGGGCCCCACUCCAAGUUGCUGCAGACUGAAGCCUCCCGCCUGCCCGGGCCAGACACGUCCCGGUGCUCGUUCGCAGCUGCCACCCCGGGUGUUCCAAAGGCUCCAUCAAGACCUGCGCCUCUCGGGUCUCCCCAACCGCCAAGCCGAUUGCUCCGCAACGCCGCCGCUGGCUCCCGUCAGACUCCGCCCGGCAGUCGGCUUCAUCGAACUUGAUUUCUCACCUCCUCAGCCCCAUCACCUCCAGCCCCUUUUCCCCCGUCUCGCCUCCACCCCCCCAAUUUCCUCCUCCUCGCCCCUCAUUUCCACCCUCCUCCCCCUCCCCCGGCCACUUCGCUAACUUGUGGCUGUUGUGAUGCGUAUUCCCGUAGAUCCGAGCACCAGCCGGCGCUUCAGCCCCCCCUCCAGCAGCCUGCAGCCCGGCAAGAUGAGCGACGUGAGCCCGGUGGUGGCUGCGCAGCAGCAGCAACAACAGCAGCAGCAACAACAGCAGCAGCAGCAGCAACAGCAGCAGCAACAGCAGGAGGCAGCGGCGGCGGCGGCGGCGGCGGCGGCGGCGGCAGCGGCGGCCGCGGUGCCCCGGUUGCGGCCGCCGCACGACAACCGCACCAUGGUGGAGAUCAUCGCUGACCACCCGGCCGAGCUCGUCCGCACCGACAGCCCCAACUUCCUGUGCUCCGUGCUGCCCUCGCACUGGCGCUGCAACAAGACCCUGCCCGUGGCCUUCAAGGUGGUAGCCCUCGGAGAGGUACCAGAUGGGACUGUGGUUACUGUCAUGGCGGGUAACGAUGAAAAUUAUUCUGCUGAGCUCCGAAAUGCCUCUGCUGUUAUGAAAAACCAAGUAGCAAGGUUCAACGAUCUGAGAUUUGUCGGCCGGAGUGGAAGAGGCAAGAGUUUCACCUUGACCAUAACUGUCUUCACAAAUCCUCCCCAAGUAGCCACCUAUCACAGAGCUAUUAAAGUCACAGUGGAUGGACCCCGGGAACCCAGAAACCCCAGGCAGGCGCAGUCCUCCCCGCCCUGGUCCUAUGACCAGUCCUACCCCUCAUACCUGAGCCAGAUGACUCCUCCAUCCAUCCACUCCACCACCCCGCUGUCCUCCACGCGGGGCACCGGGCUGCCCGCCAUCACCGACGUGCCCAGGCGCAUUUCAGAUGAUGACACUGCCACCUCUGACUUCUGCCUCUGGCCUUCCACUCUCAGUAAGAAGAGCCAGGCAGGUGCUUCAGAACUGGGCCCUUUUUCAGACCCCAGGCAGUUCCCAAGCAUUUCAUCCCUCACUGAGAGCCGCUUCUCCAACCCACGAAUGCACUAUCCAGCCACCUUUACUUACACCCCGCCAGUCACCUCAGGCAUGUCCCUCGGUAUGUCCGCCACCACCCACUACCACACCUACCUGCCACCACCCUACCCCGGCUCCUCCCAAAGCCAGAGCGGACCCUUCCAGACCAGCAGCACGCCAUAUCUCUACUAUGGCACCUCGUCAGGAUCCUAUCAGUUCCCCAUGGUGCCCGGGGGAGAUCGGUCUCCUUCCAGAAUGCUACCGCCGUGCACCACCACCUCGAAUGGCAGCACGCUAUUAAACCCAAACCUGCCCACCCAGAACGAUGGCGUUGACGCCGACGGAAGCCACAGCAGUUCCCCCACCGUUUUGAAUUCUAGUGGCAGAAUGGAUGAAUCUGUUUGGCGACCCUAUUGAAACUUCCUCAGCAGUGGCCCCAGCGGUCUCGGUGGGGAGCCACAUCCCCAGUGUAUCGACAUAUACAUAUAUAGAGAGUGCAUAUAUAUGUAUAUCAACUCGCUAUCUACAAAGUGCCUGUUUUUUAAGAAAAUUUUCUUUUCUUCUUCUUCUUUUUUUUUUUGGCAUUCAGUCACUCUGUCACGAUCUUGCAACCCUAAGAGGGUAAAUCUUGUAAAGCAAAAGGCCCAAGAGAGAGACAGUCCUAACCAGGUUUCAGAUCGUUUUCUAUUUAAACAUGUACCUUUGCAAACAAACAAAGGGAAAAAAAAGAGUUAUUUUUUUGUUCGCUGUUGUCGUUUGGUCUCUUAUCCUCAAUCAUCUGUUCAGAGAGGUGGACUCCAAGUCCGGGAGGAAGAGCAAAGCCGCUUCCUCUCUGUGUUUUGAAACCACACGUCCUUACGGUUCACGGCGCCGCAACAUGUGGACCAGUGCCCUGGGCAGACCCGCUUACAAAGCCGGUCCAGGUGCCUGCGAAGGGAAAAGAGGCAGAAAGGAAUGCUUCCACUCCCCUGCCAUCCAUUCAGAGUAACUGUUCCAAACUUCUGCUUUCAUACUUUCUGCAAGUACUCUUUUGAACUGUUUGGUUCAGUUGUUUUUAUUAUUAUUUUUUUUCCUACUUUAAGAAAGUGACUUCAAAAAAAUACUGAUCAGGAUAGAUUAUUUUAUUUUACUUUUUCAUACUUCUUUUUUCCUUUUCCCAUUGAACCAAAAGGAAAUCCAAUCCUGAACCACCUGCCCCCUCCAACCCACUCCUUCUUUUAUGCAAAACUGAAAAUGGCAAUACCUUAUUAUAGCCAUAAUGGUAGAGAUAGUGUUUGCGUUUGGCUGUGUGUUAUUUGUCUUCUUUUUUUUUUUAAAUUAUGAAUAUGUGUAAAAUCUGAGGUAACUUGCUAACGUGAAUGGUCAUAUAACUUUAAAGAUAUAUUUAUAAUUAUUUAAUGACAUUUGGACCCUUGAAACAUUUCUUAGUGUAUUGAUAUGUUGACUUCGGUCUCUAAAAGUGCUCUUUAUUAAAUAACAAAUUUCUUCAGUGGGCUAGAGCCAUAUCUGAAAUAUUGCUAAGCAAUUUCAGUUCAUCCAGGCACAAUGUGAUUUUUAAAAAAUACUUCCAUCUCCAAAUAUUUUAGAUGUAGCUUGUUUUUGCGAUGUAUGAAGGAAUUGAUAUGUUUCGUUCUUUUCAGAUCUUUGAUUGCCUCUAACACAGCUUUGCCUUUUUUAAAAAAAUAGCAAUAAUUAAGAGAUUUAAAAAGCAACCCUGAGUCCUUUAUCACUUAUGUUGCCCUUUAUCAGCAUAAAAUGCUGGAGUGAUGUGGUUUCCUAAUUUCUUUGAAAUAGUGAUGACUCUCGUCAUAUUAAAAGACAAGCACAAGUGAAUCCUUGAACUGCAGAAUGGCGUUCUGUGGUUUCAUAGUUAAAGCAAAACUCAAAAUUGCCAGGCUUCACGGUGAAGACACAGUCAGCUUAAAGCCACACACAUAGCUGAAGGAUCAGUCACAAUACUCAAGGUACAGGAGAGCAGAACUGUGCCAGGGAGCCUUACUCAACCCGCCUUACCCAGACAGUAAGUCAGGGGAACCCAAAUCUGCCUUAGCCUGGGCCCCACUGGCAGCUCUCCACAGAAUUUGCAUUUAAAGGAGCAGAAUUAAGUCAUUGUCUUCUGAGAGCAAGGUCAUCUGAAGGAGCAGGCAAGUUCCAACAGGCAGCUGAGAACACACAGGCUGUGGGGACCCAUACACAGCCUCUGGUACUCGUAUUUCUCACCUUGGAGGAUGUCAGGAAGGCAAGGCUUGGUGGAAUCUGGUAUCUACUACUGCGUGUGAACUUGAGCUGAAGCCCUCCUGUCGGUUGCACUCUGAGCUCUCCUGGUCCUUAAUCCAAGCCAGGACCAUGUCACGACACCACCAGGCAGAUCCCCACCCACCUCCCCCACAGGUCAGGGCUCUUUCAUUCAAAAUCUGUGCCCCCCUCCUGCCACCCUCCCCCCCGCCACCCUAAGCAGAACCUGUUAGAGAUUUGCCUCCAGCCCCCAGAAGCCCCUCGCUCCCUGGUCGUCCCCCAGCCCACUUCAUAGACCCACCAAGCAUCUCGGGACAGCUCAAGGGGCAUUGGACCUGUGCUUCUUACCUGGGAAUUCACCCUGACUCCCCCUAAUAAAAAUCAAGGGGAACACCAAACCAAACCAGACCAAGACACUUUGCCUUCUAAAGGUUGUAUACCAAGUAUGCCUAGAUAAAUAAGCCACUUUUCUGUUCCUAAAGAUGGAAGUAGUAAUGGAUACUAUUUAUUGUUUGUAUGUGGUAGCUUGAAGCACACCACCGUCCAUUUAUUUUUAAGUGUAAAAUAUGUGUGUUUGUUUCAGCAGCACUUAAAAAAGCCAGUGUCUGGUUACACAUUUCAAUCUUAAUUAAUUGACAUAAAAAUGUUAUCUCCAGUGCCAGCUGUACCCUAUUUAAUAAAAAAGGUACUAUAUCUGUACAUUCUUGUUUAAUGUUAAAAGGGCUUUUUUAAGUUUACAGUACACAUACUGAGUGACUUGAGGGACGCUUUUGUGUUGAAAUGUUAGUAAUGGCUGCAGGCAGCAACCCAGAAACACUUUAAAAGUUUUUUUUUCUCGGGAAAAAUUCAAGCACUUCUUCCUUCUCUCUUCACUCUAACCAUUUCAAUGGGGCAAUUUAUAUUUCUUAGAUCAAAUUUGGCCCUUUUUCAGCCUGGGGGUUAAAUUUUGCUUUUUUUUUUUUAAAAAAAGAAGUCCUUAAUUUGCACUGAGUCACGUGCAUGAUUUGUGAUUUCAAGAUUAAAACAAAGCCUUACUGCUACUAUGGAACCAUGACCUAGCCAGCACUGUACUUUCUUCAGGUUAAAAUGACAUGGUUUACAAUGUCACCAAUAUGGCUACUUUUUAAAGAACAAAACAACAUAAAAAAACCUGUUUUAACCUGUGUCAGAGUUCCAGAUUAGGUACCAAAGAUUUUUAGAUUUUUUGUGAAAUGACAUCCAGUUUAGAACUCCAAGAUUCAACAGAUUAGCUGUGGUUCACGCUUCAGGCCGUCUUACCCCGACCAGGACCUUUUAAAAGUGAGCAGAGAACUGCACACCAUUAGGCCCCAUUCAUUGUGGAAUCAGAGGGGAGGAGAUGGGUGUGCUGGCUGAAAGAGUUCCCUCCAUUCCCAGGAAAGCGACUGACUCAGACUCUAGGGGAAUAUGUGAAAACACAAAGCAUUAGCAAAAACAAUAAUUAUACCUAUGACAUUCGAAGGAACCGUAAUAAAUAAAUAAAAGAUGACUUUUUCCCAAACCUUGAAUUUGUUGUCCUUAAAAAAGAUAAUGCCUUUGAAACUUAUUUUCUAUGUGAGAAGUUUUUAGAUGUUUGUUUACUUCAUGUUUACAAAUAACUGUUUGCCUUUUCAUGCAGUACUUUGGAAUAUUAUCAGCCAAAACCAUAACGUACAGUCAUUUCUUAGGUAUUCUAAAUAAAAUUCCAUUUUUUUUGGAUAUGCUUUACCAUUCUUAGAUUUCUGUGGAACAAAAAUAUUUGUAGCAUUUUGUGUAAAUACAAGCUUUCAAUUUUUAUUUUUUUUUCCAAUCGCUGUUGCCCAAGACUUGCUUUCGUGCACGUAUUGUACAAAUUCUGCUUUGUGCCACAGGUCACGAUUGUGGAUGAGUUUACUCUUAACUUCAAAGGGACUAUUUGUAUUGUAUGUUGCAACUGUAAAUUGAAUUAUUUGGCAUUUUUCUCAUGAUUGUAAUAUUAAUUUGAAGUUUGAAUUUAAUUUUCAAUAAAAUGGCUUUUUUGGUUUU